AGAAGAUGGAGGCUGCAGCAGAUAUCCUAAUCAGAUAAGUGCCUUACCGCAGUACAUGGCAGUACCUUGUCCUGCAGAUAGUAUCGAUUUAUGACGUAUAGAACGCCAUGUCUUUUUUGUUGGCCUUUUCUCCCUUCUUUCGCAUUCCGCCCUUGGCGGGCGUAUUUGUGUAAUCGAGCCGGCAAUGGCUUCUGCCACCGCGUAUGCAUGAAGAUCAUGUCGAUGUUUCUUACACUCACUUUGUCAUGGUUUAUGCUGGGCGCGAAGCCAAAGUCCGACGUCGCAGAGCAAUGACGAGCAGAGGGGGGUGUGAAUAGUAACCCCAAAAUAGGCCAGCCUCUGGAUCUGGGUCCAUCGGCACCGGCUGGCUUCGGUUCACAACAACGGCGG